AUGGCGGCCUCGCCACUUGACUUUUAUCUCCCGCCGCCAGACGACCGGGCGUACAGACGCGAACGCAUUCAACGGCUGCGGGAUCACAUCACCGCCUGGCGCCGGCACGCACCCCGCCGCCAUAAUGAAACAGCGCCCAUCACACCAACACUGCCAGCCGCCCAAUCCACACAAUCCACCAUUCGAUCAGCCGCAGCCGCAGCCGCCGCAGAACUUCCCCGCUGGCGAACGGCGGCUGUUUCCCCCACACGCUCGUGUGGAUCACGGCAUGAGAAGAUAUUCCUGCAGUCGUUAAUAACAGAGAACUGGCAGCGGGCGCGGAGUGGCGGCACACCCCGCAAACACAUCUACACACGCGGCAGCAAUCCAAACUCAACCAUCAGUCGCGUGAUGGAAGUGCCGUACUUUCACAAUCAAACCACCUUUUGUGUGCCAGAAGAUAAAACGCACAGCACGGUCGAUGAACAGGAACAACAAGAACAACAACAACAAGAACGAGAACGAGAAUUCCAACAUCUGAAAGAAGAAGAAGAAGAAAAGGAACGACAACAGGAACGGGCUGUGGAGAUGUGGUAUGGUGUUACUUCCAACAGUGAGGAGAGUUUGCGGCAGUUGGAGUUGGGAACUAUUCACACCAGCGGGGCAAAUUCCACUUCAAAGAGUACAGGCUUCAACAGCAGCGGUUAUGUCGAUGGUAUGAAUAAUAGUAAUAACUACAGCAAGUAUAAUCCAAAUAGCAGCAGUCCGAAAGACAGAACUGCGCUGGGUGAAACAAUGGGACGAGACGCCAGUUUGAUUGACUCCUUCUUUGCACUUAAAGUACAAAGUGUGGAUUUGGCAAUGUCUGUGCAUGCGGAGCGAAUGCGGCAGAAGUCUAUGCAACGACGGGCGAGAAGAGACAGUGUGCAUAAUCAAUUAACCGAACAAAUGUUCAGCCAAACAAUGGAGAUUCCAAUUGACUGGGAUGAGUUUAGACGUCUCUCACCGGAGCGUACCACCACACAAGCAAAGACAGCUAUGGAAAGCUAUCCCCUCGCGUCCAUGUCAAACAGAUCCAUUAAUAGUAAUACGAAUACGAAUGCUAAUACUAAUAAAACAGUUGCUGUUAUCCAAAGUAAUAAUAGUACUAGCGGUACUCCUUAUAACCGUACUAUCCAUAGUGAUAAUCCUCACGCUAGUAGUAAAGCUGCUGUGGGAGAUGUAGAGAAUAUGCAGAGUAUCACCAGACCGCGGACCACAACACCAAUCGGCCGGCCGCCUCUGCGACUGUACGCCAUUCGUGUGCGUCGCAAAGUAACGAACUCCGAAACUUCAAUGAUGCGCACGGCGGAGCCGGCACCGCGUCUAGGCACGCGUGUCGUGCUCCCCAAGUCGUGGGGGAAUUAA